AUGUUCCAAAACUAUCUCCUCACUCCACCGCGCUCCCUCCCACGAAGGCGUUCCGGAGGCAAUGGCAUCUUCUCUGGACGUCAUACACGCAUGGGAGGAUUUUACGAGGAUGUCUACGACCCCCGUAACAUAAGAGAAGAGAGAGAAGCAGAAGAAGCGGGUGAAGGUCCUGGUGAGAAGUGCGAAUCGGAGACUGAGUCGGAGUCGGAGUCGGAAUCUGAUGUUGCGGUGAAGAAGGAUUCUUCGUAUGAAGGGCGGUGGGGAAGGAAUGGCAGGAAGGCAAGGGUGUCAGUUGGAGGAGGGGAUGUGGUGGUGGUGGAGGAGGAGAAGAUGAAGGCGAAGAAGAGGAAGAAGGGCGUUAUGGUCGUCAAUGACAAUGACAGUGAGGGACUUGAAGACCACGAAGAUGAUAUCUUCAAAAUCGCGCCAAAUCUCAACUCAAAGACUUCAAUUCCUCGAUCGGAAAUCAAGAAGCCGAAGGGGAGGAAGCAGUGUGGCUUUUACCAUAGCAAAGCCCAUGCCUCCGACAAUGAAGACGAAGUUUGGACGAGAAGCAGGCGGGGAAAGCGUUCAAAAGUCGCUAUUCGUCCAGCGCACCGCACUCUGUUCAAGCAGCAGCUCAAAGAGCGUCUCACGGAGAAGAAGAAAGCUGAACAGGCUGCCAAGCGCGCUCAGAGACAAAAUAAAACUGUUACUGUUAAGAAGAAGGACAGGAGGGGGAUUGCUGCCAAGGCUAUGGUGGUGAUGGUGGAUAAUCGUGGCAUAAAUUUCUCGGAAUAUCAACGAUUUGGUUGA